AUGCAGCUACGUACAUCCCAAGCCUCAUAUAAGCAUACUUGGAAGAUGAUCCUGUCUAUACUGAACCUGAUGCUUUACUAUACCUUUAUUCGCUUUAAGAGACGCGAUGCAGUCCUGCCUUUCAUGAGCGAAAAACAUAGGAGUUCUUUUUAUUUAUUAUCUAUCUCUAUUUUCCGUGGUGCUGGAGAAAACAGCAUCAAUGGCAUUCGAGUUCAGAACCUAUUCCAAUUGGAGAGAUCUGAUUUGGCGCAAGGUUCAGAUCUUUCUGUACAAAUGUGCGUGCAAAUGUCCACAGAUGGUCCACAGGACAAUAUGUCUAUGAAAUUUAUAUACAUUGUCACUGAGAGACAUUCCAGCACAGAAGUAAGAUCUCCAAAAGGUGGCAGUGCGAACUUUAAAUUGGCUGAGUAUGUUUUCACCAAAAGUGCGAGACGAGUGGCUGCAAAGCUUUGUUUGGAGACAAGAAUAGGAAUUGAGUUUUGA